AUGACAUCCGUAGGUGCAGCAGAAGCACUGCAAGCCACCGAUAAACUUGAAAAUUUAUUCUCAGACAACAGUUCUGCAGACGACACAGAUUUGGAUCAAGAGCAGAGUGUUACGCCACCGGCAAAACGUAGAAGGAAACUGCCACAAAAAACACAGGAAGCUAUUGAUCAAAUCAAGGAGACAAACAACGACGAAGAAUAUGAAGAAGAUGAAUUGUUAAAGAUCAGAUUAGACAGGCCAAGUGAUUUUAUCCCUGAUUCUGUCUCUCAUAUCUUCGCAAACAAUGAUUUCUCGUACCUAAGGUUGAAACCUGAUCACCCAGCACGUCCAAUUUGGAUUAGUCCUUCAGAUGGUAAGAUCUAUUUGGAAAGUUUUUCUCCGUUGUCCGAGCAAGCCCAGGACUUCUUAGUUACAAUUGCAGAACCUGUUAGCAGACCAAAUUUUAUGCAUGAAUAUAAAAUCACUACACAUUCAUUAUACGCUGCUGUUUCUGUUGGUUUAGAGACUGAUGAUAUUAUAUCGGUUUUGAAUAGGUUGUCGAAAGUGCCUGUGGCAACUUCAGUCGUUGAUUUCAUUAAAGCGGCUACUCACUCCUAUGGUAAGGUCAAAUUGGUUUUAAAGCACAAUAGAUAUUUUGUAGAAUCUUCUUCUGCCGAAAUUUUGAGAAUGUUAUUGAAGGAUGAUGUUAUUGGUAAGCUGAGAUUAGUACGCACUGAUGAACAAGAUACGGAUGCCUUGGUUCAAACUCAAGCCCCAACUCAAGGAGAUUUAGUCAUCCCUGGAACGAAAAAAAAUGGGAAGUCUGAAGACAAAGUACAACAAGGGGACGAUGCAGCUGGUGACGAUUCCAAAGGAGCCGAUGAAGUUGAAAAUAUUUAUGCUGACGUUAUUGCAGAGGCGGAGGACGAAAAUGCCGAUGAUACAGUUCAUUCUUUUGAGGUUGCGGCCGAAAAUGUCGAAACUGUCAAGAAAAGAUGUCAAGAGAUUGACUACCCAAUGCUAGAGGAAUACGAUUUUAGGAACGAUACACGUAACCCUGAUCUUGAGAUAGAUUUAAAGCCAUCCACCCAGAUUAGACCGUACCAAGAGAAAUCGUUGAGUAAAAUGUUUGGUAACGGCCGUGCGAGGUCUGGUAUCAUCGUGUUACCAUGUGGUGCUGGUAAAACCUUAGUUGGAAUUACUGCAGCAUGUACCAUUAGAAAAUCUGUCAUUGUUUUAUGUACAUCAUCGGUUUCUGUGAUGCAAUGGAGACAACAGUUUUUGCAAUGGUGUACUAUUCAACCAGAAAAUGUUGCCGUUUUCACUUCAGAGAAUAAGCAAAUGUUUCGAGGUGAAUCUGGUUUGGUGGUGUCGACAUACUCAAUGGUAGCAAAUACUAGAAACAGGUCGCAUGAUUCCCAAAAAGUGAUGGAUUUCUUAACUUCUAGGGAGUGGGGCUUUAUCAUUCUGGACGAGGUCCAUGUUGUUCCUGCAGCUAUGUUUAGAAGGGUUGUCACUGCGCUAGCCACCCAUGCGAAGCUAGGGUUAACUGCUACCUUAGUUAGAGAGGAUGAAAAAAUUUCAGAUCUUAAUUUUCUUAUUGGACCAAAAAUGUAUGAAGCAAACUGGAUGGAGUUAUCGCAAAAGGGGCAUAUUGCCAAAGUCCAAUGUGCUGAAGUUUGGUGCCCUAUGACAAGUGAAUUUUAUCAGGAAUAUCUAAGGGAGAACGCUCGGAAAAGAAUGCUAUUGUACAUCAUGAAUCCUACUAAAUUCCAAGCAUGUCAAUUCUUGAUACAGUAUCAUGAAAGCAGGGGAGAUAAAAUCAUUGUUUUUUCAGACAAUGUCUAUGCUUUACAAGAGUACGCUUUGAAGCUAGGCAAACCUUUCAUUUAUGGCUCAACACCACAACAAGAAAGAAUGAACAUUUUGCAGAACUUCCAGUAUAAUGAAAAGGUCAACACUAUUUUCCUAUCAAAGGUGGGUGAUACAUCUAUUGACUUACCUGAAGCAACAUGCUUAAUUCAGAUUUCCUCACAUUAUGGUUCAAGAAGACAGGAGGCACAACGUUUGGGUCGUAUCUUACGUGCCAAACGUAGAAAUGAUGAAGGUUUUAAUGCUUUUUUUUAUUCUUUAGUUUCCAAAGAUACACAAGAGAUGUAUUAUUCCACCAAGCGUCAGGCUUUCCUUGUUGACCAAGGUUAUGCAUUUAAGAUUAUCACGCAUUUGCAUGGCAUGGAAGAUUUACCAAACCUUGCAUAUGCAUCUCCCAAAGAACGUCGGGAGCUAUUACAAGAAGUCCUAUUGAAGAACGAGGAGGCGGCAGGUGUCGAGCUCGGGGAAGAUGCUGAUAAUUUAAUUGGACAUGGGGUCUCUAGAAAACUCAAAUCAAGUUCUACCAAAAACCAAGCGUCCAUGGCUGGUUUGGCUGGUGGUGAAGAUAUGGCUUAUGUUGAAUAUUCUAGAAGUAAGAAAAAUGAUGAAAUUUCACACCAUCCAUUUUUUGAAAAGAACUACUACAGAAGAAGAAAAAGGUAG